GGGAAAUGCGUAUAAAAGAAUUAGAUUCUAGCAUUAUGGCAUCAGUCGCUAAUAAGUUUCUCAUCUCAAAGAAGCAACCCAGAUAUUACUGAAAAUGAAACUAAUCUUUGCUGCCGUCUGUGUUGUCGCCCUCAUGGCCGUCGCCUUGGCUGCUCCCGCGGACCAACCCGUGCCUCAGAUUAUUAGCGCAGAAUUCAACCAGCAGCCCGAGGGUGGAUACGUUUACAAUUACGAAACUGAAGACGGCAUCAAAAAGAACGAGAACGGCGAGCUUAGAACCGUGAAUGACGAGGAUAAUAAGCCCCAACAAGUUGUAGUCGUGCACGGCUCAUACAGCUACGCCGACGAGCUCGGGCAACAGCACAGCGUCAACUACGUCGCUGAUGAAAAUGGCUUCCAACCGGAAAGCGCAGACAUCCCCGUGCAAGCUUAAGCCACACCGGACAGACCUGACCAACGGCAC